AUGCAAUCGUUAUCGUUAAGUAGUAGCAAGAGUUUGGCGGGAUUACGGUUGGUGGGUGAGGAAACGAGGGUGAAGAGAAGGAGUAGCAAUUGCGUAAUUGUGGCAUGCGGUAAUAAUUCGGAUAAAGAGACUCCAACCUCGUUUCUGUCUCGGACCCAAACCUACGCUCUCUUGAAACAACAAAUGGAAGUAGCUGCUAAAUCAGAGGAUUACAAGGAAGCUGCUAGGAUUCGAGAUUCGCUUAGGUUAUUUGAACAAGAAGAGCCUGUUUUAAGGUUGAGGAGGUUAAUCAAGGAAGCAAUUGCCGAUGAGAGAUUCCAGGAUGCAGCUAGUUAUCGUGACGAGCUAAAAAGAAUUGCUCCGCACUCUUUUUUAAAAUGUUCCAGUGAUGCUACAACGUUGGGAGUCAGGGUUCAAGUAAGGAGUGUAUAUAUAGAAGGCAGAAGUCAGCCUUCAAAGGGGCUAUAUUUUUUUGCAUACAGAAUAAGAAUUACCAAUAACUCAGAUGACACAGUUCAACUUCUAAGAAGGCAUUGGAUUGUAACCGACGCUAAUGGGAAAUCAGAAAAUGUAUGGGGGAUUGGUGUUGUUGGUGAACAGCCAGUACUUCUUCCUAGGACUAGUUUUGAGUACUCUUCUGCAUGCCCAUUAAGCACAUCAAAUGGUAGAAUGGAAGGUGAAUAUGAGAUGAUCCAUGUUGAUAAAGUAGGCUCACGUUCAUUUAAUGCGGUCAUUGCCCCCUUUUCUCUCGCUUUGCUAGGAGAUGAUGACUGUAAUACUAUUUGA